UACAGAAGCUGCAUCGACGCAACUAUUGCAGAGUUAGAGGUGUUCUUUGUGUACUACGCACAGGAGAUGAUAUCACUAAGAAGAGGUGGCUUUCUACCAAAUCAACAAAAAAAUGGUCGUUUCAUCCGGCAAACGAGGAUUUCGGAAAUGCGAACUUCACUGUCGUAGCAGAACUUUUAGGCUUGUUCUUCUAGCUGCAGUCGAAGCAUGGAGUCGAAGGGCAGCAUUCAUAUCAGAGGAAGCUCUUGAAGAGGCCGCGUCACGAGGAUUCGCUAGUACUGCAGUACUAUCCUCUUCAAGGCGGAAUCAAGUAGAUCACCCUGCAGAACAUGAGCCGAAGAAAGGACGAUUAGUGCGCCGCUCUACUAGGCCACCAGAGUCUCUCCUUCAAAUCGCAGAAAGUAAAAAGAUACACAUCGUAAAUGACCUGUCGAACAACGUAACCGCUGACGCUGACGGUCAUCAUGUGCUAUCCGACGAUGGACAGUUUUCGCUUUCUGACAUCUUAACGGUGGAGCACGCUGCGACCUACGGACUCUUGGCCUUAGCUUUUCUCAUUGGUAGUUACUACUACGCACAGCUCGCGCAUUACUCAGGCACGCGCAUUGCGGGUCCGCUCAUCGAGGAAAAAGAAAGACCUCCUGCUCCUUCUGAGACAAGGCGAUCGAAGGAGAUCCAUGAACCAAAAAAAGACCCCUCGCAGCAGACAAUCGCGAAGGCGAACGAGAGCCAAAAUACCACGAUCGGUCCUGACCCGGGGACAAUCGCGAAGGCGAACGAGAGCCAAAAUACCACGAUCGGUCCUGACCCUAGGCCCUGCCCUAAGCCCUGCAACAACCUGAAUCCCCUAACAAAGGUGGAGGCUGGACUACCUUCUGCUCCUCCGAACGGUGAAAAAGGCGGAGGUGCUGCGGCGGAGCAGGCUGCUAAGGGAGAACAACUCUCUUUGGACUCCUUGAUCCGCAAAGCGGCGGAAAGUACUAUAGAAGGCCCCUUGAUCGACCAGGGAGGCAACUUCGAAAGCAAUAAUACAGUACCCGAUACUACCUCAAGCCUCGCUGUGCAGGAAACGGGUGUUGUUGCAGGCACUCCUUCGGAGGGUUCGGAGCAGGGCUCAUUGGUGGGUCAGUCUGACAAAGAUUCGGUCGCGUCUGGGUCUGACACAGAGGACAGGAAUGACGAAGAGUGAGCGUCGUGGAAAAACACGACCACUACAAUUUUGCUACGAUCUUCAUAAUUCUUCAACUAGAAGCGAACAAAAUGCAAACCCUAAUAAAUUGUAGAGUUUCAUCACUCUUUUCCCUUCAUCUUUUUCAAUUUUGAAAUGGAACGUAAUCCUUUCGUUCCACAUUCUCUCACGCUAAACAGAUGAGAGUCGCAAUUAUUGCAACUGAAGAUCGUGAAACGAAGCAGCGUC